AUGACCCGACCUCGGGCCCAGCCGCUGCUGGGGCACCCCCGGCUGGGCACCCCCAGCCCUUCCGCUGGGCUGGACCCCCAGGCUCCCCCUCCGCCGCGGGGAGCGGCCCUGCCCCGCCCGCCACACACACCCCCGCCACCGCCCCCAUGUUCGUUUCCCUUCGGGAACGGCAGGUCGCGGGCGGAAAGGGGCUGGAGAGGAGGAGGAGGAGGAGGAGGAGGAGGAGGUGGAGGUGGAGGUGGAGGAGGUAGAGAAGCUGCCCUGGCCAGGAAGGGAGUACGGGGAGACUUGGGUGACAGGAGUGCAAGCACUGAGCACGAAGAGCUGUCCCACCAAUUGAUGCUCUUCCUGCAACACCCAUUUCCAGCUGUAGAAGCUCUCUACCAAUUCUGGGUCCUAGGAAAAAAGGCUCCAUGCACCUACAAGUGGAGAAGCAAUAAAGUGACUUGUGUUUCCUGUGAAAGUCUGUCUUUACAGGUGUUAUUGCUGUGAUCUGUGACCCAGUUCCAUCUUAGCUACACUGAAGGAUAUUAGAGACUGGGCAGUUGGAAACAUUGACUGAAGGGUGACUUGUGUGCGCAGAAAGAAGGGGAAAUUUAUAACCUAAUACUGAAAUUGCCCUGACAUGCCUUGUGUAUAGAAUUUUUACCACAGAUUUCCGGGCUGCAAGCCUAAAUAGCACAGCCCAAAUGUUCAGCUUGAGAGGGGGAGUUUGAAUGACAAAUUGAGUGUGCAAUGUGAGGGAGAACUAUAGAGUUCAAACAAGAUCAGCCAGAGAAAAGCAAGAGACUGGGGGCAAUGGGAGAACCAUGAGGAAAAGAGCAAAACUAGAUUUUUGAAUGUAGGUCUUAGAGUGUAAUCUCCAUCAUCCCAGGCUAUAAGGUAACACACUCGGAGCAUUU